UUGGUGUUCAAACCUUCCUGGGAGGGGAAGGAGUUGGACUCCAAGAGCAACAGGAAGCAAGAUGGUGUAGGGGUGGGCAGUGGAGGGAACCAAUACAGCUCUGCCUUUCACCCAGAGUUCCAAAAACUAUGUACUUAUCCUCAAAAUAGAUAAAUGAUAGGUAAAUGGUUAAGCUUUGUGUCAGCUUAGUUUGUUCUUCCUGGUUCUAAACCAUGAAGGUAUGCAGGUUGGCAAGGGGACUCUUCUUUCUUCUUUCCUUACCUGGAAAGGUUUGUAUUUCUGGGGCUUUUUUGCCUACUCAAGUGCAUGUUGCCUGGGACUAGUCUAGACUAUGACAGAAAGACAAAGGGAAGAAUGUUAUUUUUCUCACUGUCUGCCUUGUCUUGCAGCUUCCCCCCAGAUCUGUGACAGGUCAUGCCAUUUUGAUGCCUAUUAAAGCCAUUGAGUGUCAUUAUCCUUCCUUCACUGAAGUUCGAGUUUCUGUGAUAUCUGCAUUCCAAAAGACAGUGCACCAAGUGAGAAAAAUGGGAGAUUAAAAUGUCUGACUAGUGCUGUGUCUGACAUUGAAGGCUAAGCUCUAGGUUUCUUUCUCUCACUGUUUUCUUGAUCUUCAGUGUCCUGCUACUGUGCCCCCUCCACCUGGCAGACUUGGUGUGCCAGCUGCCAUACUGUUCUGUGGACAGAUGUGUUCCAAAGGACUGUAUUGACACCAAGAAGCUCAAUUCUAACUUUUAUCAGCAGCACAAUGUUUAAAACUUAAUUGAAAACUUAGUAUGAAUUAGUCAGUAUGUUACGUUGUGCAUAGCCCUCAGCUCACAACAACAACAAAGUAUUCUGCAGGCUAAGUACUAAUCUGACAAAAGCAUGGGAGGAUAAAGCUGAAUUCAUGUAGCCUCAUCCGUUUUACUUCUGUAUAGACUGACUCUGUGAAGAAGAGAGAUUUUUUUUUCAACAUCACUUUGACCUGAGUGUACAUAAAGGCUGCAUGUGUGUUCUAGAAAGAAAAUAGCAAGAGGAAAUCUGCAAAAUAGCGUGUGAGAAUGGAGAACAGAUACAACGAGAAUUUAAGAAAAAGAAAGUGCUACCAAGUACCAUGCUCAUAAUACUGAUAGGAUAAUGACAAAAUAAUCAGGGUCAGGGUCCAUUUGUUUCAUCUUCAUUCAACCACUGAUAAACAGCUUGCUCAAUGACAGCUUUUGCUGCCUUUGUUAAUACUCAAUGAACUUACCUCUCUUUCAUUUGCCGCAGACAGCCAACUGUUGCCUGGGAAUAACUUCACGAAUGAAUGCAACAUUCCUGGAAACUUCAUGUGCAGUAAUGGACGCUGUAUCCCAGGGGCCUGGCAGUGUGAUGGGCUGCCAGACUGCUUCGAUGACAGUGAUGAGAAGGAAUGCCCAAAAGCCAAAUCCAAGUGUGGUGCCACGUUCUUCCCCUGUGCCAGUGGGAUCCACUGCAUCAUUGGCCGCUUCCGCUGCAACGGCUUCGAGGACUGUCCCGACGGCAGCGACGAGGAGAACUGCACAAAUCCCUUGCUUUGCUCUACUGCCCGGUUCCACUGUAAAAAUGGUCUUUGCAUUGAUAAAAGCUUUGUGUGUGACAGUCAGAAUAACUGCCAGGACAACAGCGAUGAAGAAAGCUGCGAAAGCCCUCAAGAGGCAGGGAGCGGCCAAGAUUACGUGACCUCGGAAAAUCAGCUGCUUUACUACCCGAGCAUCACCUACGCCAUCAUUGGCAGCUCUGUCAUCUUCGUCCUCGUGGUGGCUUUCCUCGCCCUGGUGCUGCACCACCAGCGCAAGCGCAACAACCUGAUGGCGCUGCCGGUGCAUCGCCUGCAGCAUCCCGUGCUGCUCUCCCGCCUCGUGGUGCUCGACCACCCGCACCACUGCAGCGUCACCUACAACGUCAACAACGGCGUGCAGUACGUGGCCGGCCAGCCCUACCGCGGCCCCGUGGAGCUGGACUCGCCCCCGUCCUAUUCCGAGGCCGUGCUCGACCAAAGCAGACCACCUUGGUUUGACCUUCCUCCACCACCUUAUUGUUCCGAAUCUGAGUCCCUUAACCAGCCAGACCUUCCUCCUUACCGCUCUCGGUCAGCAAGCUUGGCCAGCACAGACACCCCCGUGGCAGAAAGUCCCGUGGGCACAUCUGACAGCUGGACCAGAGAUGUCCAUGGCAGCACGGAUGGGCACAGAACUCUUCUGGAGAGGACAGUGGAUCAGAGUGAUCCUCUGGUCAGCCACACUGCUGAAAGAGAAGUGUAACUGCUCCAGUGGAUGGGAUGGCCAGAAGGCAUUUACUGUGUCUGUGUGGGUUAAGCUGCUGUGGCUGAUAGGUUUCAGGGAGACAUGUGCCUGAAUGAUGACUUGCUUUGAAUUCACACUGAGUAAAUGUUUGAAUUCACCAUUUUGGGCUCAUCAAAGGCCCAAAAUCAAAGAGUCACAUCAGCCCUCCAUAGUAUUUCUGUGAGCAAGUUCUGGUUCAGACAAAUAAGAGAAACACCAGUGCUUUGUCAAAAGAACUGAUAUGAUGUAUUUAUUGGACUGCUUACUGUAUAUGAAUGUAUAUAUGUGUGUGUAUAAUAUUUACAGAAGUUGCACAUGAGAACUGUGCCAGAAGGAUUCUUGUUUUCAGACUGCCUUCCAUCCUGCCGACGAGGGAGCUGUUUCUUCUUGCUGUCUGGUGCCAACUGGUGGUUACUGAAGCACAUGAGAGGCAGUCUUGUGCCCAAUGCCAACCACCUGGCAGUGCCCAAAUUGCAGAAAAUCUCCUACUUGACUCAUCUCUGUGUGGCCUGUGAAGGAGGUUUAAGCUUAUGAGGAUGCAACAACUCUAGCUAAGCAAGGUUUUCGGUUUUUUUCCCAGAUGCCAGUAUCUAGGCCAAAUUUGCAUAGGUUGUCUCACCAACACCACAAAGGUUGGCUUAUCUGUCAAAUGUCAAGGCUGAGUACAGAGGCACUGAAGCUUCUCAAAACAACAGAGCAAGACUUCUUUUCCCGUGUGGCAUAACAUUAUUCCAUGUGUUCCCUCUUAAAAAAUCCCACAACAAAACAAACUCCCAAAUUGUUCCAGCAAAGUUUUCAGCAGCAAAACUGGUGUGAAGCAAACACCCAGCACAGAAACUUUUCAUGUCAGUGAGUAGUUUGUUGUAAUUGCAAAAUACCUGAAAGCAGGUCAUGCAGUGAAAGAUGUUGGGCUUGGUAUCCCAUCUACAGCAUGUGUAUGUACAUGCCUGGAUACACAUGUGUAAUACUGUGUGUAGGUAUGUACACAGUGUAUACUUGGGUUUAGUUCUGCUACACCUCAAGAACUCUAAACUGUCAACGUUUUGUUUUUGAUGAACUCAUUGGUUUUCACAGAGCUUGCAUUAUUCACAUUCAUUUGGUUGAAAUUCUAACUUCUGCAGAAAACCAGAAUUAUUUAUGUCUGUUCUGUCCUAAGUCUUAUAAAGGCCUCAUUGUGUUUCAGUGCACCUUGUUGAAUCACCGUGUGAAAGCACCUCCAAGUAAGUAAAGUAUUUAGAGUGGCAAGAGGGAAGAAGCUGUGAAUUUAAAUGCCACUCUUAUGCUUAGUAUACAGAAAACAGUGCAGUCUUUUCCUCUUGUCUGGGGGGAAAUUUGCCUU